UACACGCCAGGAUUAGUUAGCGAGCUGCUGUCGGUCCGAUUAGGUUCAUUUGUUGGGAACAGACUUCGUUUCAAGAGUUCAAUUUCGAAUUUUACUGUGUACGCUACAACUAUUAAGUAAUAUCAUGAGUGGUUUAGUUUAAGUUUUGCCAAUUAAAUCUUUAAGUAGAAUGUGAAAAUAUUAAAUAAGUACAGUAUUUAAUAAUGGACUCUUUGGCGAAAUGUAAAGUGAAUAAAACCUGGGAGCAACAUGUGUUUGCGGUUCCCUGCAGAACUGUUGAAGCCUCAGUGCCAACGGCAAAACAACGUUGUCAGGCCAACGCUCGGGAGAGAGACCGGACGCAGAACAGUGUGAACACGGCGUUCAACGCGCUGCGCCUGCUGAUCCCCACCGAGCCCAGAGACCGGAAGCUCAGCAAGAUCGAGAUCCUGCGCCUCGCCACCAGCUACAUCACACACCUCGACAACCAGCUGUAUACAGGUAAUAUGGAGCAGCCGUGUUUAUCAAAAAAUAGUAGUGACUGCACACACACAUCGCUGUGUACAUUUUGCUGGUCUUCGGUGAAAACUAACACCUUCACACCUAGAUGAAGACCAGAAUCAAUGUGACUACAACAAAUUUACGCUUUUUUAUAUAAUAUGUACUCAGUAGUCUCAGAAGUUGAGUUUUUCGUUCUAUAAAAGAUCGUCACAGUGGGACGAAUUGGCAUUUAAGCCAAUUAUUCUUUAGAAAAAAAUGUAAACUGCCACAAAAUAUAGGAUAAAAGACUCAACGACCCUUAAAUUUAUUUUUUCACCUAGUGAAAACUGUUUUACCUUGUAUGUACAGAUUUAGAAAGUAUUAUUAGAAAUGUUAAUAUGUUAGGGAGUAUACCCAUACUACGUGACCUACUUUUUAAGAUUUAUUGACCCCUCCCCCUGGUGACCACGCGUAGUAUAUGCCAAGACCACCCCCGUUCAAUUGUUCACGUGGUAUUGACAAGAAUAUUUUUUGGCUAUAAAUAACCAUAAUAAAUGCCAGUGUCAAGUUAUCAAGUAUUAAAUGUCGAGAAAUUUUUUUUCGUAUGACGUUUCUCUCGGCGAAAUUGACUACG